CCUACAUAAGCAUGUGUAUGUACGGUACCGAACACGUGAAUCCUCAUUCCGGCUCAUUUUUUACGUUUCUAAGCGAAUAAUACUAGAAUUACGAAUAGUUUUAAUCAUGUACAGACUCCUGAAGCUACGGAGUACGAAUAUUCAACCUCUGCGAGGCGUGUCCUUUGCCCACACCCCGCUCAUCAACGAACGAACGUGCAACCUCUGCAACUGCAUCCACAAUGCAAGCAAGACACAAGUGUUGUUCCAAUCUACGAAUACAAGUCCUCACAUCGCGCCCAAGAAGAGCAGAAAGAAGCGGAUUGCCAAAAAGAACUACACUGACAUGCUAAUUGUAAAUGAAUCAUCAGCAUCAGAGGUGAAAGCCCGGAUCCGAAAUCUGAAGCCCAAUGAUAUUAAAAUGCUUGCAUUGACAAACUUGAAGCUGAAUGAAUUAUAUAAAUUGAAGCACUUUCUUAAGGCAGAUCCUGCUGGCAGCCACACUGAGCAUUCUUACAAUAAUCUUGCUGAUUUCUCAAAUAUUCCACUACUUGAAGAAGUGCAAAAUGUCCCAGUUCUGCCCAAGAUUAACAUUGUCAAGCCCGAAUUAAAAAUAUCUAACAAGCAGCUAGAAACUGAGAUUGAUGAGGAAAUGGAGGCUGUUAUUGAACACACAGAUGAAUUAUUACACAAUGUCAAAACAAUUCCCUUUCAGCCUGAGAUAGUCGAAGAAGAAGUCACCGAGACGCCGGAUAUUGUUGAACAAAUCCUCAAGGAAAACAAACAGAAACGUGAAAAAUUCACUGGUGAUCGUCGUGCGCGCGAGGAAGUCAUUGCCAGGACGCUCGCCGCUUACAUCGAAGUGUGUGCGGGGUUGAAGAAUCCUCAGCGUGGAUUGAACGCGUUGACUUUCUAUCGGCAUAAGUGCAAACUUGGCAAGAGUCAAAGCGAGCGCUACCCGCCGAUCAAAAACGUCAACGUAUUCAACGCUCUCUUGAAGGGUUUUGCGGCGAAAGGUGACUUUCGUCGGUUGCAAGAAAUCCUCAGCUUAGCAAAAGAAGAAGGCGUGAAACUAAACGUUCAGAGUUAUGCGGCGAUUUUCGAAUGCAUCGGGCGCGUGAAUUUUAACGAUAGUCACACACGGUUUAUUCGCAUGUAUACAAGAGAAGCGCUGCAGAAUGAAAUCACUUUUGAUCGAAUCAUGAAUGAAGCGACAUUUCUAUACGAUCAGAGGGAGAAAGUGAUCAGCGCGAUGGAGACGCAUGACAUUAAUUAUAAGCCCAAAUAUUGGGAACCAAGCGUGCAUUAUAUUAAUGGUUUGUUGAACGAGCUCAAUCAUGAGGAUCAGAAGAAAGGAUUGCAGGAGUGCAAGCCGGGGCAGCCUGGAAUCUUCUCGAAGCAGAUGCUUACGGAUUUAACACAGAAGCAAGUGGAUAUUGAGAGGAAUGUUAUGGUUACUGUAAAAAGCAUUGAAGCUAAAGCAGCACCCACAGAGGAAGUACUUCGCAAUCGAGAGGUAUGGACUGAACACACGAAACUCUGGGAGACAGCAGCUGGUGAAGCAUUCAAUCGCGAUCUGUUAGCUUUAUCUGCACAGCGCAGUGCCUUAAACAACGAUUUGUAUUUGCGUAGCAUUCCCGUAAAGGACAUUAUAACGAUUAUAGUCGACGAGGCGCAGAAGCUUGCCCAAGGCUCCGAAACAUAUAGCCCGACGACUACAAUGCUCUACAGAGAAUUAGGAUCUAAGGUAUAUGCACGGUAUAAAGUUCUAAAGAAACAAAAGACAGGUGUGCUUGAUAAAAUUAUUAAAGUGCACAACAAAUAUGUCGAGAACUAUGCGGAGUCGCACCGCAAGUUAAAUGUGUUACCAGAAGACGUCGAUGUGUUGAACGGACGUCAGAAGUGGCAAUGGGCUGAACACAGCUUUAAACAUGAAGGUGCUACGAUUCCCAUGGACCAUCAGGAAUGGACACCUGCCGCUCUAAUGGCCAUCGGAAAGUUUCUCUAUAAUAUUAUCAUGCAUGACUUGAAGAUUGACGUUAAUUCACUUAGGGCUAAUAGUAAACACAAAAAUUACCUGCCGGCAUUCUAUACGAUAUUCCGAACACAAGGCCGAGCUAUCAAAGAAGAAGUCAAGCCACAUCCGGUGCUGUCAAAGUUGUAUCGCGCAUCGGUGCCUGAAACUCUAACAUUUCCUGCCUACGAAUUGCCGAUGAAGUGUCCGCCGGUACCUUGGACUUCAGUUACAAGGGGUUAUCUGAUAGCCCCCUGCGAGGUGGUGCGACUGCCGAGUCAAGCCACAGCGCAAAAGCAGCGCAUGCACCAGGCAUUGGCGAAUCAAUUGUACCCAACCCUAGAUUCUCUCAACCAGCUUGCGUCUGUUCCUUGGAAGGUGCACACGAAGAUUCUCGACGUCAUCAUGAAGGUUUUCCGGGAUGGUGGCUCCGCGAAACUCGACGUUCCCGAAUUGCCUUCAUCACUUCCACUGCCAGCGGCUACGCAGGCCGAUAUGUCGAAGACACAGAAACACGCACUGUUUCGACAGAGGUUGCAGUAUCGAAGAAAGAAGGCCGAAAUGUACUCGCUAUGGUGUGAUUGCUUAUAUCGACUUUCCCUUGCUAAUCAUUUCCGCGACGACAUCUUCUGGUUACCACACAAUAUGGACUUCCGCGGUAGGGUUUAUCCCAUCCCUCCGCAUCUCAACCACCUUGGAUCGGAUUUAGCUAGAUCCAUGUUAAUUUUCGCCGAAUCGCGUCCAUUGGGUCCGAAAGGUCUCGACUGGCUUAAGCUACAUCUUGUAAACCUCACCGGGUUAAAGAAACGCGAUCCAAUUGAUGUUCGCCUUGAGUUUGCCAACAGUAUUUUACCGGAAGUACUUGAUUCAGCCGAUAAGCCGUUGGAUGGUAAGCGAUGGUGGGCGGAGAGCGAAGAACCCUGGCAAACACUAGCGUGUUGCAUGGAAAUUGCAGCCGCACUUCGCUCUCCAAAUCCGGAGGAAUAUCACUCACACUUUCCCGUCCACCAGGAUGGCAGUUGCAAUGGCCUGCAACAUUAUGCCGCUCUGGGUCGAGACAGCGCCGGUGCUUUUAGUGUCAAUCUCUCCCCGGCGCGGGUACCACAGGAUGUAUACAGCGCUGUAGUGGUGCUUGUGGAGGAACGACGACGCAAAGACGCUGAGAGUGGUCUGGAAAUUGCGAAAGUUCUUGACGGCUUUGUGAAACGGAAAGUGAUCAAACAAACCGUAAUGACUACGGUGUACGGCGUGACGCGUUUCGGUGCGCGGCUACAAAUUGCCCGGCAGUUGAAAGACAUCGAUGAAUUUCCCAAGGAGUUCGUUUGGGCCGGGUCGAAUUAUCUGACUGCGCGGACCUUUGAGUCUCUGCGUACCAUGUUCACGUCAACGAGGGAGAUUCAGGACUGGUUCACGGAGUGCGCGAGGUUGAUUUCAUCGGUUUGCGCUGAGAACGUUGAAUGGGUUACGCCUUUGGGUCUACCAGUGGUGCAACCAUAUCUGCGGUAUAAGAAACUGGGCAAUGGGUAUGAGAACUUUCACAUGGAUUCCUACGAGAAGCCGAAUGUCAUGAAGCAGAAGAACGCAUUCCCACCGAAUUUUAUUCAUUCGCUGGACUCUAGUCAUAUGAUGUUAACGUCGCUGCGGUGCGAACGCGCUGGUAUCACGUUUGUUUCUGUUCAUGAUUGUUAUUGGACGCAUCCAUCGACGGUGCAUAUUAUGAAUCAGGUCUGCCGAGAACAAUUUGUUGCGUUGCACUCGGAGCCAAUCCUAGAAGACUUAUCAAAUUUCUUAACUGAAAAGUACAGCUACCAAGCUGAUGAAAUACAAAAUGAUGGAUCUGUGAUUGAAUUGACGAAGAGAAAGCUGAAUCGAGUGCUGCGAAAACUGCCGAAGACGGGAGACUUCUACAUCGACGAGGUCCUGGAAUCUGUUUACUUCUUUAGUUAGCAAACUUUAGGAUAAAUAGUUCACACAGGUUUAUUUUACGUUGAGCUCGUAAAUACCAAAGAUUUGAGUUCA